UAGAGGGCCUGGUGGCUGCAGCCUUAAGAAGCACAGGCUGGGGCGGUGCCCCUACUGCUUCCCUCCAGGCCAGCGGCAGCAGCAGAGGUGGCAGCAGCAGCAGCAUGGCGCUCCGGGGACCCCAGCUGCUCCUCUGCGCCCUCCUCCUCACUCAGGUUGCCGCGGAGACACCGACCUCCAAGCCCAAGAAGGCUGCCAAUGCCCGGAAAGACCUCGUGAGCCCCAAGAUGUUCGAGGAGCUCAAGAGCCGCCUGGACACCCUGGCGCAGGAGGUGGCCGUGCUGAAAGAGCAGCAGGCGCUGCAGACUGUGUGUCUCAAGGGCGCCAAAGUGCACCUCAAGUGCUUCCUGGCUGUGGCGCAGGCGCGCGCCUUCCACGCGGCGGGCGAGGACUGCAUCGCUCGCGGGGGGACCCUGGCGGCGCCGCGCUCUGAGGAGGAGAACGAGGCGCUGCGCGAGUACGCGGCGCGCAGCCUGGGCGCUGCAGCCGAGCUGUGGCUGGGGCUGCACGACCUGGGCUCCGAGGGAUCCUGGGUGGACGCGAGUGGCGCUCCCGCUACCUUCGUGCACUGGGAGACGGAGAUCACGGCGCAGCCCGACGGCGGCACGGCCGAGAACUGCGCGGCCAUGGCCGGGGCGGAGCACGGCCGCUGGUUCGAUCGGCGCUGCCGGGACGAGCUGCCCUACGUGUGCCAGUUCGCCAUCGUGUAGGGCUGAGGCUGGGGCUGAGGCUGGGGCCGGGGCGGGACGGAGCGGGAGGCCUGCAGCCGGGGCCCCUCGUGUUCCCUUUGCAAAUAAAACCGGUGCCAUUCGGCGGGCGGGGA